CCGAAGGUCAUAAUCCAUCAAAAUGUCUAACGCCAGGGGAAUUCGGCUACAAUUUCGCACAUGCACGCACACUGGACUGCCCUUCCAGGAACCGGUUUAGGCAAAACGGCGGUAAUGUGGGUCACAACACAGGAGACGGAGGAACCUGGUAGGUGGCCAGUUGAGUUUUUGCUGACUGAGAUGUCAAAGUCCAACUGUCUCCGUGUGGCAUUGUGAAUAUCAUUCAACGGCUCUCACAAUGUUAACCAAAACACUACUCAGCUUUCUUGCUUGCGCGUGUGCUGUGGCCGCCAUCCCCGCUGCUCUCACAUCCACUGCACAGUGUCCUGUAACGUCCACAGUGACGACGUCGUAUACUGGAUUGGUUAUAGCACCCAGUUCAACAUAUCCAUACACCACGACAGUGACCCUCACGGAAGUAAGCUAUCCGUUAGCGACGAAGACUAUCACCGAGGCAUGGACAUACGAAGGGCAAUCUAGCACCUAUACGGAGACAUACACGUAUACCGAUUAUUAUGGGCCGUUUCCAGGAUGUUAACAUGUUAACCCUUCAGUGAUUUCUUUACGCGUUUCAUUUCCUAUGUAGUUAAAAGAGAGAAGGGUAACUACGAAGAUACUUUUGGAUAUUAACACGGUUUAUCUGAGCACCCAUCACGGAAGUUCAGCUUGUUCCAUCAAAUAUGCACUCACGGCGAUUGAGCCUC